CGAGACUUCACGAGCUGAAAUCCUGCCGCUUUACACUUUGUUACAGGUACUGAAGAAACAACAAUCAUGGCAAGGGGGAGGAAGAGGGCAAAAGCUACUAAGAAGACAACAAGUCGAGCCACAUCCGGAAGUGGAAGUUUGAAGGUUAAAAUGAAACCUCCACAGAAGAAACGUGCUGCUAUUAAAAUGAAGUUACAGAAGGUCAGUAAACGACGCGCUUCUUCCUCAGAGGAGGAGGAGGAGGUAGCAGAAGUCAAGCGACCCAACACACCACCACGCAAACAAAAGAUCCAGUAUGGAGCUUACACUACCGAGAACUUGAUCGCCGCAGUGAAAGCAGUAAAAGAGGAAGGAAUGUCUACAUAUAAGGCUGCUGAGCUUUAUGGUGUACCCAAGUCUACUAUAUAUGAUAAGGCCCAGGGAGAUGCAAGUUUGUUGUUUCAAAGAAAAGGUCCAGAGCCGUUGUUGACAUACGAAGAUGAGAAGAAGCUGGUAGACUAUCUGCUACAAAUGUCAUCACUCGGCUACAUGUUUUCUAUCUCAGAACUCAGGAAUCUGGCAUCAGAAUUGGCUGUUGAGAAAGGGAAACUGUGUGAAGGCACACUUCUGUCUCCAAGAUGGCAUAAGAGCUUUAGAACAAGAUGGCCUAUCUUGAACGAGAAAGUUUUUGGAGAAUUCCGCACAUGUGUCCGAACCAAAAAGAAGGAACCUGCUAGUCCAAAAAGAAAAACAUUAGAAACAUUUGAAUUUGAGGAAGACGGUGAGCAGAUUCAGAUUUCUACCCUGGCAGACGAGGCAGAUGUCUGUUUAUCAAAUUACUUCACAGAAUUACACAUGUUGCUAGUGAAGUAUGAGCUUCUGGAUAAACCGCAGAGGAUUUUCUGUCUGGACGAAGUAGCGAUACAGUAUGAGUCUGGACAUCCAAAAGCUCGACCAAUCAAAGCACUUAAGAGUCAGUUAGGGUCAAGGACAGAGACAACUGUUGUCAGUUUGAUUGGAUGUGGGAAUGCAUUGGGUAACUCUUUACCUCCGUUCCUUAUCUACCCUGGGUAUAGAAUGGAUUCAGAUCUUUUGAAAGGCAAAUAUCCUGGUGUACAGGGUACAAUGACAGAAAAUGGCCUUACUGAUUACACCACCAUGAAAUAUUAUCUUGAGAAACACUUUAUUGAAUAUGCUCUUCUCGGAAUGAAGAAGACGCCGCCAGUAAUUGUCCUCUAUGAUGGUACCAAGUCAAAAGUUAAUCCAGAUACCAUCGCCUGGGCAAAGAACCACAACAUCAUUCUGUUUGUCCUUCCACCAAACUCAUCAAGCUUGACAUAUCCUAUAGAGAAAGGAUGUUUCCGCCACUUCAAAGACCAUUUCAUCACCCAGACAAGGAUAUUUCGAGAGAUGUAUAAUGUGGAGACAAUCACCAAGAAGGCUAUCUGUAAAAUUGUGUCAGAAGCUUACCCAUUAGCCAUGUCAGUCAAGAAUCUUGUGGAUAUGUUUGAUGAUGCAGGAAUAUUUCCGUAUAAACCAUCAAUAGCACUGUGUGAUGAGAUUAGAAAUGAGAGGUUUGAGAGGAAAUUAAAAGUAAAAUCCAUCAAGAAAAGACCCCCUGGUAUGAGAGAUAAAGGUGUUCAGAUAAAUUUGCGUGAUGAAGGUCAGAUAAAGUUGAUAAAGUCAGGCAGACGUAGGAUUGUGAGGCAGGAAGACCCGACAGUGACUGAUGUAGAUUCCACACUAACGUUCCUGAGAGACAAGAAGAUACAGAAAAUGUUAGAGGGUAACACAGGAAUACGACCAGUGAAAGAAGAAUCUGAUUAUUCUGACUCAGAAGAGGAGUUUGAAGAUGAUGUAGAGAUGGAUAUGGAUGACCAGGGUGAGAUUCAACCGCCAUCAAGUUCCUACUACAUGAUGCAGAAUGGUGGACAUCGUCAGCAAAUGCAGCCUGUGAAUCGUACAGUGCAUGUCGUCCAGAAUGCUGGUCAUGGUGAUUCCAGUCAAACGUCAGUUUCUCAGGGUUACAAGAUAGAUCAUAGUAGCAGUAUACAACAGAAUUUCAAAGUGGAAGAUACACACGCAUACGCUUUAAAUCCAGCUGAUGAAGUAUCCACCGACGUAAGUACACAAGUGAUUACCAAAGAGGAAACAGAUGAGUUAGAUACAAUAGAACAAACACGUGUAGCGGUUCAAGCUUUACAAGAUAUUGCAAAUGACAUUCAGUAUGUAUCAACACAAGGCAUGCCAAUGAAUACGACCGUUCAAAAUGUUACAUUGAAUUCUGGCCGAAUGAUUCAGGUGGUUGUUCAAGGACCAGACAUGACCGGACAGCAGGUCCUCGUCGAUCCACAUGAACAGGUCAUAGAGGAAGUGCAACAAAUUGAAAUUGACAAUAGUGUUGAGUCUAUUAUACCAAUUAGUGGCGCAAAUGAAGAAGUUGUUGAAACUGUGGAAGAAAUUGUACAGAAUACGUGAUGUAAAACAAAACCAGUAGAAUGUAGAAAUUCACACAGAGAUCUUUAUCCUAUGAGAACAUCUGGUGUAUUUGUAAAAAAUCAAUAGAAUGUAGAAAUUCACACAGAGAUCUUAAUCCUAUGAGAGCAUUUGAUGUGUAAGUAAAAAAUCAAUAGAAUGUGGAAAUUCACACAGAGAUCUUUAUCCUAUGAGAGCAUUUGAUGUAUAAGUAAAAAAUCAAUAGAAUGUGGAAAUUCACACAGAGAUCUUUAUCCUAUGAGAGCAAUUGAUGUAUAAGUAAAAAAUCAAUAGAAUGUGGAAAUUCACAUAGAGAUCUUUAUCCUAUGAGAACAUUUGGUGUAUAAGUAAAAAAUGAUUAGAAUGUGGAAAUUCACACAGAGAUCUUAUCCUGUGAGAACAUUUGAUGUAUCACUGUAGUGCAGAAGUCUUAUAUGGUUAAAAGUAGUAAAUUAGGCUGUAAAAAGACUGAGUUCAGGCAAAUAUGCUGUAGGACAUUAUACUAACUGGUAAAAUUUUAUUUGAAGUGCAGUUACAUCAUCGUAAAUGUGUUUGAUUAUUUAAACUGCAAUGUUGAGUUGGUUACUCCAGUCAGUGUGAUUCAACACACAGAAUAGUUAUAUUUUGCCAUUCAGAAACUUCUUGGAUCUUCUGAUGUCUGAUGUUACAGCCCCAAAUAUUCUACAACCCAUAGUUGAUGCUCUUAUAUGCAGAAGGAUAUAUUUUAAAAAUGAGGAUUGAACAGUGAAAUUUUGAAUCAAUAUUUGUCAUGUUAUAUAUUUUUAAAGCUCUUGCGCUUAUUUUUGUGUAAUACUGGUCAUACAUUUUUCAGUAUAAUUUUAUUACAGUAACAUUUCGGUAAAACAAAAUUAGGCAACUUGACAUUUAAGUUGCAAUUAUUAUGCUGCCAAUGUUGAAGACUCGAGAGGCGUAUGGUGUUUGAACUCUCCAUCAUAGAUCCAUCUGUCAGUCUGUCCCUCACAGUAUUGUGCAUUCAACUCUUACAGUUUCCAGUGAUAUCGGACAUAUUUUGAGAACACCAACAGGUGGGUAGGCAAUGCCCACAAAUGUCUGUUUUCUGACUUGAGCAGUUCUUAUCCAGUUUUCACCAAACUUGGUCACAAAGUUUAUAUCUAUAAUGUUUCAGACAAAUAUGAUAACCAGCAAGAUACAGCCCCUCAAGUUACCACCCUACAGGUAUUUAGAGUUACAAAAAUGGCAGUGGCCACAUAAUUACUUAGGUAUUCCUUUUUCAGUGUUCACCAAACUAAGUCAGAAUAUUUAUUGGCAUAUUGUCUUAGCCAAGUUUGAUAACCACUCAGAUAGUCUUUGUCAUUGUAAGUUAUGGCUCUUGAAUUUGUUGAAAUUGAGAAGAUUGACAGCUUGUCUGCCCAAAUCAAAAGUAAUUUGCUUUAACAGGCGUGUUAUGUGACAGUUUGCCAGCUUUGUUGAAAUUAACAAUGAUAUGCCUUUAUCUGUAUCAUGUGUACUGAACUUAUAUAGUUUCUGUGAAAUGAAAUUAAACUCUGUAUACAUCAAAAAUGUGAAAUGGGCAUUCACACAUUUUCGGGACUCUCCUGUCUGAUUGACAUUGGAGUUAUGCCCCUUUUUAUACGCCCAAAGGGAGGUAUUAUGUUAUGACGCUGGUGUCCGAGCUCACAUUUGCAUACUUAGGUGGCUAUAGGAACAAUAGGUAACUGUACUUUUCCUUUGAUGUCAUUCAUUCCGUAAGGCUUUUAUGUGGCUAUUUUUCUCUUGCGUGGCUAAAAGAACAAUAGAGAGAACAAAAGAGUAGCCACAUAAGUAUCCAUAUGUAGGAACGUCCGUUAGCAAUUUCAUGUCCGCUCUGUAAUUCUUGAACUAUACAUCCAAAGGGACGUAUUAUGUUAUGACACUGGUAUCUGUCCGUGCGUCCGUCUGUCCGUUAGCAAUUUCGUGUCCGCUCUGUAACUCUUUGAACACCUUGAAGGAUUUCAAGGAAACUUGACACAAAUGUUCACCAUACUGAGACGACAUGCAGAGCGCAUGUUUUGGAUGUCUCGCUUCAAGGUCAAGGUGACAUUUGGGAGUCAAAGGUCAUAUCAGUGUGUUUCGUAUCCGCUCUGUAACUCUUGAACCCCUUGAAGGAUUUCAAAGAAACUUCACACAAAUGUUCACCACACCAAGACAACGUGCAGAGCACAUGUUCCUGAUGACUCACUUCAAGGUCAAGGUCACACUUGGGGGUCAAAAGUCAUAUCAGUUUGUUUCGUGUCCGCUCUGUAACUCUUGAACUGCUUGAAGGAUUUCAAAGAAACUUGGCAGAAAUGUUCACCACACUGAGAUGACGUGCAGAGUGCAUGUUCCGGAUGACUUGCUUCAAGGUCAAGGUCACACUUAAGGGUCAAAGAUCAUAUAUGACAUUGUUAUGUGUAUAUUGCUCUGCAUUGCAGUGCUCUUGUUAGCUCGACUAUUCGAAGAAUAGUCUAGCUAUUUUACUCACCCUGGCGUUGGCGUCUGCGUCACACCUUGGUUAAGUUUUUGCAUGCAAGUACAUACAGCCAUCAAUUAAAGGCAUAUAGCUUUGAAACUUAUUUUUUCUUUUUCUAGGUCAAUUACCAACCUCUCUGGGUCAAGUCCCAUAACUCUGACAUGUAUUUUGAGCAAAUUAUGCCCCCUUUUGGACUUAGAAAAUUUUGGUUAAAGUUUUACAUGCAAGUUACUAUCUCCAAAACCAAUGCAGAUAUUGAUUUGAAACUUCACAUGUGUUUUCGGGGUUAUAAAACUAGUUGAUAGCAGCAAGUCCCAUAACUCUGACGUUCAUUUUGGCCAAAUUAUGCCCCUUUUUGGACUUAGAAAAUUCUGGUUAAAGUUUUGCAUGCAAGUACAUACAGCUAUUUCUAAAAGGAAUAUAGAUUUGAAACUUAUUUUUUCUUUUUCUAGAUCAAUUACCAACCUCACUGGGUCAAGACCCAUAACUCUGACAUGUAUUUUGAGCAAAUUAUGCCCCCUUUUAGACUUAGAAAAUUUUGGUUAAAGUUUUUCAUGCAAGUUACUUUCUCCAAAACUAAUGCAGAUAUUGAUUUGAAACUUCACAUGUGUCUUCGGGGUUAUAAAUCUAGUUGAUAGCAGCAAGUCCCAUAACUCUGACCUUCAUUUUGGCCAAAUUAUGCCCCCUUUUGGACUUAGAAAAUUCUGGUUAAAGUUUUGCAUGCAAGUACAUACAGCUAUUUCUAAAAGGCAUAUAGAUUUGAAACUUAUAUUUUCUUUUUCUAGAUCAAUUACCAACCUCAUUGGGUCAAGUCCCAUAACUCUGACAUGUUUUUUGAGCAAAUUAUGCCCCCUUUUAGACUUAGAAAAUUUUGUUUAAAGUUUUGCAUGCUAACUCUAGCUCCAAAACUAAUGCAGAUAUUGAUUUGAAACUUCACAUGUGUCUUCGGGGUUAUAAAACUAGUUGAUAGCACCAAGUCCAAUAACUCUGACCUUCAUUUUGGCCAAAUUAUGCCCCCUUUUGGACUUAGAAAAUUCUGGUUAAAGUUUUGCGUGCAAGUACAUACAGCUAUUACUAAAAGGCAUAUAGAUUUGAAACUUAUUUUUUUCUUUUUCUAGAUCAAUUAUUUACCUCACUGGAUCAAGUCCCAUAACUCUGGCAUGUAUUUUGGGCAAAUUAUGCCCCCUUUUAGACUUUGAAAAUUCUGGUUCAAGUUUUACAUGCAAGUUUCUAUCUCCAAAACUAAUGCAGAUAUUGAAUUGAAACUUCACAUGUGCCUUCUGGGUUAUAAAACUAGUUGAUAGCAGCAGGUCCCAUAACUGAUAUGCAUUUUGGUCAAAUUUUUCCCCCUUUUGAACUUAAAAUUCUUUUGAUAUUUAACCUUUUUGGGUAAUAUUUUCCUGCUUCUUGGACAAUAUUUUGAAUAGUCGAGCUUGGCUGUCUUACGGACAGCUCUUGUUAUGUCUCCCCCAGGAGACAUACUGUUUUUGCCCUGUCCGUCCUUCCGUCCGUCCGUACGUCACACUUCAUUUCCAAGCAAUAACUGGAGAACCAUUUGACCUAGAACCUUCAAACUUCAUAGGGUUGUAGGGCUGCUGGAGUAGACGACCCCUAUUGUUUUUGGGGUCACUCCGUCAAAGGUCAAGGUCACUGGGGCCUGAACAUUGAAAACCAUUUCCGAUCAAUAACUAGAGAACCACUUGACCCAGAAUGUUGAGACUUCAUAGGAUGAUUUGUCAUGAAGAGUAGAUGACCCCUAUUGAUUUUGGGGUCACUCCGUCAAAGGUCAAGGUCACAGGGGCCUGAACAUUGAAAACCAUUUCCGAUCAAUAGCUAGAGAACCACUUGACCCAGAAUGUUGAAACUUCAUAGGAUGAUUGGUCAUAAAGAGUAGAUGACCCCUAUUGAUUUUGGAGUCACUCCAUCAAAGGUCAAGGUCACAGGGGCCUGAACAUGGAAAACCAUUUCCGAUCAAUAACUAGAGAACCACUUGACCCAGAAUGUUGAAACUUGAUAGGAUGAUUGUACAUGCAAAGUAGAUGACCCCUAUCGAUUUUGGGGUCACUCCAUUAAAGGUCAAGGUCACAGGGGCCUGACCAUUGAAAACCAUUUCCGGUCAGUAACUUGAGAACCACUUGACCCAGAUUGUUGAAACUUAAUAGGAUGAUUGGUCAUGCAGAGUAGAUGACCCCUAACGAUUUUGGGGUCACUCUGUGAAAGGUCAAGGCCAUAGGGGCCUGAACAUGGAAAACCAUUUCCGGUCAGUAACUUGAGAACCACUUGACCCAGAAUGAUGAAACUUCAUAGGAUGAUUGAUCAUGCAGAGUAGAUGACCCCUAACGAUUUUAGGGUCACUCUGUUAAAGGUCAAGGCCAUAGGGGCCUGAACGUGGAAAACCAUUUCCAAUCAAUAACUUGAAAACCUCUCGACCCAGAAUGUUGAAACUUCAUAGGAUGAUUGUUCAUGCAGAGUAAAUGACCCCUAUUGUUUUUGGGGUCACUCCGUUAAAGGUCAAGGUCACAGGGGCCUGAACAUUGAUAACCAGUUCGAUCAAUAACUUGAGAACCACUUGACCCAGAAUGUUGAAACUUCAUAGGAUGAUUGAACAUGCAGAGUAGAUGACCCCUAUUGAUUUUGGGGUCAGUCUAUUAAAGGUCAAGGUCACAGUGGCCUGUUCAUGUAAAAUCAUUUUUUGGAAAUAACUUGAGAACCACUUGACCUACAAUGUUGAAACUUAAUAGGAUGAUUGGACAUGCAGAGUAGAUGACCCCUUUUUAUUUUGAGGUCACUUGAUCAAAGGUCAAGGUCACAGGAGCCUGAACGGUGACUUGAGAACCACUAGGCCAAGAGUGUUGAAAUUUAGUGGGAUGACUGGACAUGCCAAGUAGAUAAUCCCUAUUGCAGCCAACCAUCAGUGCCUCUUUGACUUUCGCUCUUGACCUCUAUUGACUUCUUGCCUAUAGGAAUUUUCAUUGGGGGAGACAUGCGCUUUUUUACAAAAGCAUUUUCUAGUUUUUAUUUGGCAGAUCUCUUUUUUGUUCGCUUACAACAAUUUUUUUUUAAUUACUUCCCUUUUAUGUUACUAUAAAUAGCUUAUUUUGAAACUUUUUUAUUGUUGGCCAUAGGGAAAAGCCGAGACCACUUUUCUGUGGUACAAUAUGCAUGGUACCUCCAAUUAUUAGGUGUAUUGUUACAUACCUGUACCUGAUAAGGAUUUUUUUGUGGACUUCGGAUAUUUUUUUUGUUGACUUAGAUUUUUUUUUUUUUUAAGUUUUCCUUUUGUUGAUCCAGUCUUUUGGGCUACAACAGUCGAGUUCUUUAAAUUUUGCUCCCAUCCUAUGAUGUUACCCUUCGGGCGUAUACUGCCUCACUUGGUGGAGCUCUUGUUAACUUAACUAUUAGGGCUCUAUUCUGUAUACUCAACUCCUGCAGAUUCUGUCCAGUUCAAAUGAAACCAACUACACAUAAUCAGCAUGUAGUAAACAUGCCCAUAUUAUCAGAACUUUCUUGUCCAAGUUUUUUUCUGCUCACCUAGGUAGAAAGUAUCUUUUGUUUCCCAUUGUUCAUUGUCAACAAUUUUACUCAUAGCAGUAGAGGUUAUAAUUUUUUCCUAAUCUUAAUGAACUUACUCAGAACAUUUCUCGACAAGUUCAAAACUGGAAACUAGAUCAAAUAAAAAAAAAAUGACAUACGGUACUUCCUGCCUGAUCAACAUCAAGUGGACAUGUGUAUCUUGUUGGGAGUUUCAUGUCAAAUGUUUUUAGUUAGUCCAUUUCUUCUUUCCACUUACAGUCUUAUUCUGGCAAGCAUUUUCAAAGGGAGCAUGUGUCAUACAAUGUUGACACAUCAUUUAUGUUUUUUUUAUUAAUCAAAUUGAGCAGAAGUCACUAGAAAUUGCAUGAAACAGUUUCAUCAAAUAUAUUUGAGUUGAUAUUACCUUAUAAAUUUUUUACAACAGGGAAGGACUGACCAGUUUCAUAUGCUAUACUUCAAGCAAGAGAAUACAAAUUGUUUUUCUCUUGUUAGUCCACCAUACAUUUUAAUACGACACAAUGUCAUGGUCUAUGGUUGCCAUACUUCACAGGAUAAUUUUUUCUUGUCAUUAGAUGUCAAUUAUUGUUUUUUUAGGGUCAAAGGUCACAGUCACAUUGAUCUCAAGACUCAAAAAGCAGUGCAGAUCAAUAUCCAGAGAAUGCUUGGGCCUACAACUAUCAGAUAUGAUAAGCUGAUUGCUGUGGUCAGAUUUCCCCAAUCAGUUUCAGCGCCAGAAGGUCAGGGUCAGAUUUGCUGAAAAACUUUUAUUUUCCUCCAACCUACAUAAAAUAAUUACUGGUGGGCCAUAGUUUUGGGGUUUUCUGGUCAGGGGUCAGACUGAAAACUGCUUUUGAUAAAUUACAGAAGGCUUUGUAACAGGUCAAAAUCACAACUUACUGGAGUCUUAAAAUGACAUAUCCAGUUACCCUUGACAGGCAACCAGCAUGUAUGUAUGUGUUUUGCAGAUAACUCUUUUAUUCCUUAAUGUUUAUUCCAUUUUUAAGGCCCAAAGGGGCCUAAAGUAGUUCAAAUUCUCCAUUGCACAAAGAUGCACACUAAGGACUAAGAAUAAUGAAUACAAAAAAAAGUUUUUAUUCUAGAAACUCUUAGGUUCAACUCAAAUCUGUCUGUCUAAAUUUGGUAAACAAUUUAGGGCCAACUUGGUCUUCUUGUUAUAAAUGUCAUUCAAAUUUAAUCAGCAGAAUGCAUUUACUUGUACUUUGUAUAGUCAACUGCAGACAUGCUGUUAGAUGAACAUCUCUACAGAUGUUGGAAAAUAAUCUUCUCUGUUGGUUCAUACAGCUUUGCUUAGCCGGGCAAAUAUGCUUCAUUAAUGACAGAAAUUUGUGUGAAAAUUGGUUUCAUGAGAAGAAAUUUUAACUAAAAACUGGUUUUAACAACAGAUUUUUUUUUAAUCAAAACUGAAUUCAGUUAUUGAAUUUCUGGCUGAAAAUUGGGUUUUGAUGACAGAUUUUUUACUUCAAUUUGGGCUUAGCCAUAGCAGUUUUCUAGGAGUUCUUCCAAGCAUUAAUCUAGCAGUUCUUCUAAGCAUUAAUAAGCAGGAUUGGGAAAUUGUUAGAAAUUUGAAUAGAUUUUAGCCCAUUAGAAUUUGGCUAAUGCAAGUCAAAUAGUCUUAAUUCCUCAAAGAUAUAUAGAAGAUAUUUGUUUAUCUUAGGGUAAGAUUGAAACAUCUUUCAUUGAGUAAACACUAGGUUUAAAUAUUAUCAUGAGUGGCAUAAAAUAAUUGUUUGCAUUCAUUGUUUAAAGUCUGAAACUUACAUUUUAAGAUGAUAAAUAUUCUUUUUCCAUUGUCUUUCUUAAAUAAGCACAGAGAGUAAAGAAAUUUUGCAUGAAUAUUCUUUCUUAAGCUAGAGCAGCUCAGCAAAAUUUCAUUGGUAUAGAUAUGCUUUAAACAAAGUUUUGACAACUAGAAUAUUUUUCAUUCUUAAAUCUAAGUAUUAAGUUUCAGACUCUAGAUGUUGAUGAAUAUAGGCCCUAAUAUUCAAAAGUAAAUAAUAUUUUUAUCUUGCAUGUAAAAGACUCCGCAUUGUUUUCUGUUUUAUGCCUUAUCAUUGAUUUUUACCCAAUUGUUCUUUUUUUGGCCUGUCUGUAAAGAUAUUGAUAUUUUUCACAGAAAUUACCAGUUUUGACAUUUUUUAUACGCCCAAAGGGACGUAUUAUGUUAUACCCCCGGUGUCCAUCCGUCCAUUAGCAAUUUCGUGUCCGCUCUGUAACUCUUGAACCGCUUGAAGGACUUUAAAGAAACUUGACACAAAAGUUCACCACAUCGAUACAACGUGCAGAGCACAUGUUUUAGGUGUCUCGCUUCAAGGUCAAGGUCACACUUAAGGGUCAAAAGUCAUGAGGUCAUAUCAGUUUGUUUCUUGUCUGCUCUUUAACUCUUGAACGGCUUGAAGGAUUUUAAAGAAACUUGGCACAAAUGUUCCCCACACCAAGACGACGUGCAGAGCGCAUGUUUCGGGUGACUCGCUCAAGAUCAAGAUCACACUUAGGGGUCAAAGGUCAUUAUAUGACUUUGCUUUGUGUAUUGCUCUGCAUUGCAGUGCUCUUGUUUUUAUUUGGCAGAUCCCAUUUUUGUUCACUUACAAUAUUAUUUUUUUUAAUAUUUUGAAUUACUUCCCUUUUAUGUUACAAUAAAUAGCUUAUUUUAAAACUUUUUUAUUAUUGUCCGUAGGGAAAAGCGAGACCACUUUUCUGUAGUACAACAUGGAUGGUACCUCCAAUUUUUAGGUGUAUUUUGACAUAUCUGUACCUGGUAAGGAUUUUUUUAUGGACUUAGAAUUUUUUUUGGAAUUUCUUCCCUUUGUUGUUCCUGUCUUUUGGGCUUCAACAGUCAAGUUCUUUAAAUUUCGCUCCCAUCCUCUGAUGUAACUCUUCAGGCGUAUAUUGCCCUGCUUGGCGGAGCUCUUGUUCACUGUAAAAUUACUACAUAUAUUUCACAGUUGUAUUUGAGUACCGGUAAUUCCCCUUUCUGAAAAUUACCAUCCUUUCUCAGUACUUAGAAACAGAAACUGAUUGUUUGAAUACAAUUUACUAUGAUAAACUCCUAAUGAUUGUUACAUAUGUAUGCUAAGAAAUCAUUGACCUUUGUGAGGGACUAAAUUUUUUGGAUUUCUUGGUUUAUUCAAAUCAAGAUUUCGCCAAAUCAUUGUUGAAGUUUGAAAUCUGUGACUUCCUGUCCCUACAACAGGCUUGUCAAAAUAUUUGCCUAGCUGGUAUUAAAGCCUAACAAAUACCCUUAAAAUCAGCUUAUGGGGGCAAAAACUGGCAAUAGGAAAAAAAAAGAUAACUGGGAAUUAUUCAUUAAUCAAAAUACAUUGGGAACUUCGUUUUCUCUACAGGAAUUCAUGAGAAUACAGAACAUGGCUUUUAUUUGCACAUCAUGGUGGAUUUUGCAGAAACUACGAACUUGUAUGCUCACAAAAUGAAAUGAUUUCACUGCAUACUGAAUUGCAAUUAAACAUAAAUGUAGAGAAUGGAUGACCAGUGAUAAAAUUACAUGAGGAUUCUAAUUGCUCAUUUCCUGUAGCUCUUAGAAAAGAUUGAAUCAUAUGAUUGUUUUCUAGCCUACAGUAAAAGAUCAAGUAUAAAUUUGAAACAUCAAUUGUUACCCAAUUUUAUUCUCAUUACUAAUUUUUUUGUUUCAUUUUCUUACUGCUUUUUGUAGAAUGGUUAUGAGUAUUUCUUUGUGUUCAGAAUUGAAAUUAAAAUGUUAAACAAA